GUGCGGAAAUCGUAAAUGACAUUAAGCAAGAUGGCGCCGGGCUUUGGAGAGAAGUAAUGAGGGAAUAGAAGAAGAAGCAGUACAAGAAGAUAUCAGCGUGCAUUCAUUUGUCAAGUGCAGCACUUUGAAAUUACAUUCGAGGCGUUUACACAGGGAAAUACCUACCUCUGACAAAGAGACCACAGUGGGAGGUACAUUUGUUCCGUUAACUACCUGCUAAAGUAGCUAACACCGCUAACACUCUCUUGUUGCGGAAGGAAAGGGAGGUGAAGACAAGCGGCUCCGACUACAGUCUAAGAAGUCCUGUGAAUUUCAAGAGAGAAACACCAAGACCUCUUUUACUAUUUUGAACAACUUGAAACAGGCACCUGGUCAAAAAUAUUCGUGUGUUGAGGAAAUUAACUGCCAAUAAAGCGAGCAGAAGAGCGAUCUGACGCCAUGGCUCACUCUCCUAUUCAGAGUGGACUACCGGGGAUUCAGAAUUUCAAAGCUGACCCAGAGGAGCUCUUUACCAAGCUGGACAAAAUAGGAAAAGGCUCUUUCGGGGAAGUUUUUAAAGGCAUUGACAAACGGACUCAAAAGGUUGUGGCCAUUAAAAUAAUUGAUCUGGAGGAGGCGGAGGAUGACAUAGAGGACAUCCAACAGGAAAUCACCGUCCUCAGUCAGUGUGACAGUCCAUUUAUCACCAAAUACUUUGGAUCCUAUCUCAAGGGAACAAAGUUAUGGAUCAUUAUGGAAUAUUUAGGUGGAGGUUCAGCCCUGGAUUUGCUGGAACCAGGUGCUCUAGAUGAAAUGCAGAUUGCCACGAUACUGAGGGAAAUCUUGAAGGGACUGGAGUAUCUGCACUCUGAGAAGAAAAUACACAGAGACAUCAAAGCUGCCAACGUCCUGCUGUCAGAACAGGGGGAAGUCAAACUGGCGGACUUUGGUGUGGCCGGCCAGCUGACGGACACACAGAUAAAGAGAAACACAUUUGUUGGAACACCUUUUUGGAUGGCGCCUGAGGUUAUAAAGCAGUCUGCCUACGACUCCAAGGCAGACAUCUGGUCACUGGGAAUAACGGCAAUAGAGUUGGCUAAAGGAGAGCCACCACACUCCGAGCUUCAUCCUAUGAAGGUUCUGUUUCUCAUCCCAAAGAACAAUCCCCCAACACUGGAAGGAAACUUUAGCAAACCACUGAAAGAGUUUGUGGAAGCCUGCCUAAACAAGGAGCCCAGUUUUAGGCCGACAGCCAAAGAGCUGUUAAAGCACAAGUACAUUGUGAGACACGCCAAAAAGACUUCCUACCUGACGGAACUGAUCGACAGAUACAAGAGGUGGAAAUCAGAGCAGUCUCAGGAGAAAUCCAGCUCCGAGGAUUCUGAUGAUGAGACAGAUGACAAAGCACCUCCAGGAAAGGUAACCGAUAGAAAAUGGGAUUUCGGCACUAUCAAAGAAAUGGAUCAGAAUGGAGCACAACAGCUUGCUGAGCUGGACAAGGAAGAAGAUAUAAAAGAAUUGACUGUUCCCAAGAGUCCGAAACGACCAAUGUCCCAAAGCUUAUUAUCUAUAUUUUCUCCAUUGUUUUCUGAGCUAAAACAAAAGAGAGAGGCCAGCAAUGGUAACCCUGAAGUCGCUGAAGAACUACAAAAGGCCAUUUCCCUGGCAGAACAAACGUACCCUGGCAUCUGUGACUCUCUGGUGGCUGAACUAGUGCAGAGACUUCAGAGAUUUUCUGUGCCCAAUGCAGCUGCCACUCAGUGAGAGGAGUGUCCAGUCCUGCUCUCACCUCCCCCUGGUGGCAGCAGUCAGGUCCUCUCCUCUGGCCUUCAUAGCCACAAUGAAGUCUCCCAGGAAUCUCUGCCCUCACAUUCAGUCCUUAAUAAUGUCUGUCUUUUUGUCCUAGCAAACCAUCUGAUGAUGUCAUAAUGUAGGACAGUCAG